AUGGGUCGAUACAACUUUGCGCCCCAGCGCGUGCACCAGGCCGCCACACGUCUCCUCCAGGUCCGCAACCCCAAGAGCCCGUCCACAAUCCAACCUCCUCCGCCGUGGUACACUGUCAUCGGCAAUCUUCCGCCAUCAGAACGUCUCGUGCGCCCGCCAUUGCAACCCGCCCAGCGCAAGGGCAGAAAGGCCAGCAAGCUCUUCCAGCCCGUCAAGCUUCAGUACCAGGAGGACCAACUCAGACUCGAUUUCUUCGGCGACCACCCGUGGGAGUUGGCAAGACCUAGACAGGUCCUCGAGGAUGACGGCAAGGAUUACCAAAACUUCGACUGGAGCCAGCUGGACCAGCCCACCAAGCAGGUCGACGGAGAGAGACAGGCAUGGCUCAUGGGCCUGCUCCGCCAUGAACUCGACUUCUCUGCAUCCCCACAACUGCUCGACUACCUACGGUCCGACGUAUUCCAGGACGAAAUGCUGCCACUUUUCAACGAAAACUAUGCCGUCGACCUGCAAUCCGGCCAGCUGCCAUCAAGGACCGACUACACCGACGCCGAUGCCAGCGUUCCCGUCAACCUUUACAUGACAUACCACCCCAGAUACCCUCACCAAUUCAAGGAUGCCCUCAAACACUUGAAUCAGAUGCUUGCCGAACAAGGCCUCGACACCUCCUCUGUCAACAGGCGCUCCUUCAACAUUGCCUUGCUGCACUCGGACGCUGUCGCACAAACGCUACGAGGCAUCGAUCUCGCCGCCAUCGGCAAGCAAUAUAACGUCGUCAUGAACCUCGGGCCCGAAGCCACCAUCAAGCCCUUCGCCGAAGACCCCUUCAACGUCCUCCCAAUCUCUCUCUCCUACUACCGCAACGCCUCAGCAAACGUUCCCGCCCUGCUCAACCACCUCGCAACCACCCUCAACAUCAAAACCACCGACAUCCUCAGCCCCACCCUCCCAAGCGCAGAGCCAGACACAUACCAAGCCUACACAAAGGCAGGCGCCUAUGACAAGGCCCGCAAGGAGUUCUAUGAUGUCCGCCACACACAGGACAUCGAGCGCCGCGUCGCCCGCGAAGAAGCCCUCUGGACUGGUGCCGAGUUUGGCCCCUCACCUCUGGACAUCGGUAUGCAGCUCGAAGACCAAAAGUAUGAAGAAUGGCGCGAGUGGGCUGCCAAGGAAAUCAUGGCUAUCAAGCAGCUCUCGGGCGCGUCGGCCAAAGCCGGUGACCAGGAUGCGCUUUUGGAUGUCGACAGCGACCAGGAUGUCUUGUCUGCUCUGGAUGAGGUUGAGCCUAGCGUGCCUGGCAGCAAGAGAGGUCAGAAUGCCCAAGGCGGUGCCUUUGUCCACGCGUAA